AUGUCCCAAGAAUUCAAACUCAAGGACUUCACUUCCCUCUCCUCCCUCGCCCCCCAACGACAAGAUCGAGUCCACGCCCUUACCCCUAAGUGCUCGCACUACGGUGCUCCGUUGAAGAACGGCGUUGUUGGAGCUAAUGGUCGACUGACUUGUCCCUGGCACGGUGGUCCAGAAAAGAACGGCGCUGUCUAUAUUCUCGGUACAGAGAAUGAUAUUAAAUCCGGACACCGGAACCCCGUUGGAAAGUGUUCUGUUUCUAGUGAGGAGAAGGUCGUCAUUAUUGGAGGAGGCUCCGGCACAAUCUCGACCCUUCAAACUCUCCGUGCCCUGAAAUUCUCAGGCAAUAUCACAAGCAUCUCCAAAGAAUCAAUCCCCAUCGACCGCCCAAAGCUCUCCAAAGCUCUCAUCCCCGACGCGUCAAAGAUAACUCUCCGCCCAGAACAAUGGUUCGCCGACGCCGGGAUCACCACUCUCGUCGACGAAGUCACAUCGAUCAAUCUGGAGUCGAAAUCUGUAUCGACCAAAUCCGGAAAGAGUAUCCCGUAUACGAAACUCGUGCUCGCGACGGGUGGAAUCCCGCGCAGACUUCCGCUUCCUGGCUUCGAUCUGGGGAAUGUGUUUACAUUGCGUAGUGUGGAUAAUGUACAGGAGAUCCUCUCUGCUCUGGAAAAGAAGGAGAAGCCCAAGGUUGUUGUCAUUGGAAGCUCGUUCAUUGGCAUGGAAGUCGGGAAUGCUUUGCGAGGCAAGGAAUACGAUGUGACUGUUGUUGGGAUGGAGAACGUUCCCAUGGAACGGAUCAUGGGUGCGCAAGUUGGGAAGAUCUUCCAGGAGAAUCUGGAGAAGAAUGGUGUUGUCUUCAAACUGGGUGCUUCGGUUGAUAAGGCUACGGCGAGUGAGGGCGGGAAAGAUGUUGGUGCGGUUCACUUGAAAGAUGGUACGGUUCUUCCGGCGGAUGUGGUGAUCUUAGGUGUUGGGGUGAGACCUGCUACGGAUUAUUUGAAAGGGAGUGGGAUUGCGCUCGAGGAAGAUGGGUCGGUGGCGACGGAUGAGUACUUCCUUCUUCGUGGACAUGAUGAUAUCUUUGCCAUUGGUGAUAUUGCGACUUAUCCUUACAACGGGCCUGGAGGAGAGGGCAAACCGGUGCGCAUCGAACACUGGAAUGUCGCUCAGAAUGCCGGACGCAGUGUUGGCCGGGCCAUUGCUCAUGCGCAACGGAACGAUGUGAGGAGCGUGGGUGUCAAGGACUUUAUUCCCGUGUUCUGGAGUGCGGUUGGAGGCCAGAUGAGGUAUUGUGGAAAUACCGGGAACGGGUUUGAUGAUGUGGUGCUGGUGCAGCCUGAGAGUGGGAAAUUCACGGCUUAUUACACCAAGGGAGAGACGGUGGUUGCGGUUGCUACCAUGGGCAUGGAUCCGAUUAUGGUGAAGUGUGCGGAGUUGAUGAGAGAGGGGAAGAUGGUUGGGAAGAAGGAGGUACAGAGCGGUGUUGAUGUUCUGAAGAUCUAA